AUGUGUGUAGCUUUUUUUUUAGAAAUGUCUGACUGCAAACCAGUAUCUUCAAAACUUGACCAAAAUGCAAAGGAGUUUGUACCACUGGCUGAUAUAAAGCAAAGAACACUGUCAGAGAUGAAAACUGUGGUUGAGGAUGUUUUCAAUGUACCUCUAGGAGAGGUUCAAGCACACAUGAAAAAAAUUAAAGCAAUUGCAGAGCUUGAUGUACCACAGGCAUCUCAUCUGGUUGGAGAAAUCCUUGCCGAGUUGACUACAAAAAAUGUUAAACGAGUCAGUCUGGGAUUUCGAUGUCUUAAAGAUGUACGAGCCUAUUUGCCUGAUACAAAGGGGAAUGGUUUGGAGGCUGGUGUCCUGAAAAGUGUUAAGUUGAUGACUCAAGAAGUUCUAUCUGGAAGCAUUUUGAAGUCUUUGAUGUUAAGCUCAGAAAAUGUUUUGUCUGACUCCACUACAUCUUGUAGGAUGAGUGUGGAGUCCAGUGAUGUUCAAAAAGAACCAAUGGACUUACCAAUUGAUAAUCUUUUUGGUCUGGUUGUGUUCCUCAGAUAUCUUAUUACUAAUCUAAACGCUUCUGAUGAUUGUGAAUCCUACGUAUGUAUUCCACCCAUUGAACCCUGUAUAGACUUUUGUUUACUUGUGGAUGCCGUUUGCGAACUCCAACUUCAUUUUGUCAGAGUGGGAAACUCUGAAGUGAAUGAAACCGGCUUGUCUCUACUAGAUGCAUCGUGCGCUCUUUUAUCUGAAACCAGCUGGGAUAGCUUGUUGUAUCAAUUAUUUGAUGGUUUCUCUCACGGACUUAUGUAUUUCAAUUCCGCUUUAGCAAGUGUCAAUGUAAGAGUCCUUAAUGGUGCCUGGCAACGUACUUGUAGUUUGGAUGAUCGGGAGAAUGACCCGUAUCACUCGUCCACAGAUUGCACAUCUGCAUCGUAUCUCUCAAUGUUAAUAAAUAAAUGCCUAAGUGGGAUGCGCACACUACUAGUCGAAGAACAGUUACCGACAAAAAUACUCCGUUCCACUGUUUUAGACCUGCUAAUGUACGCUUCCGAAAUGGCUGCUAUUCAAAACACCAAUUGUCAAAAUUGGACGGAAUCAAACCAAGUAUAUGAAGAAAUCGGUUCGAAACUCAAUCUUUCUGAUGAAUCGUUAGGAGAAUUAGAUGGAGAACAAGCAGCUGAUUUUGAAGAUUUUCUAAUAGAAUCUGGGCAGUUAUCAAAAAAAUGA